UUUAAUUGUAGUGAAUGUCAGCUGUUAUCAUAGUAACGUAAUGGUUCUUCAAAACAAAUAGACCACUUAUAGGGAUCCAUAAUUUUUUUGUUGCUCGGUAAUGUUAGUGAGAUGAUGGAACAGUCAUCAAUAUUAUUUAUUAAUACCAAAAAAGUUCGGCAAUGACCUUUGAAAAAAGGCAUUGUAAACUGCUGGGCCUAAGUUGAGAAAUGGAGUUAAAGGUUUGGGUUGAAGGUAUACAACGUAUAGUGUGUGGCGUAACGGAGAAUACAACUUGUCAGGAUGUUGUUUAUGCUUUGGCCCAUGCAACGGGAAAAACUGGAAGAUUUACUUUAAUUGAAAGAUGGAGAAAUAAUGAAAGGCUAUUGGCUCCACAGGAACACCCAUUAAAAGUUGUAUCAAAGUGGGGAGAAUACAGUAGUGAAGUUCAGCUUAUACUGCAGAGGUCUGGAGGCUGGGGAACUUCACCACCAGAAAGCCCUUCACCUGCCCAACAGAAAUCAGUGAGUCCAGCUAAAAGACUUCAGGUGAAACACCAACAAAAUCAAUCUAGUCAGCAGAUAAUGAAGAAAGAUAGGAGAGAUUCAAGUCCAGUUGAUUCAACAAAUUCAAAAAUGUCUCUUGAUAUCAAAAACAACUCUUCUAUUAGGAGUUUUAAUGGAAAUAAGGAUGAAACUGUUGUUUACAAUGCACAAUAUCGUGACUUAGUAAGGCUGGUUAACUUCCAACGAGAGAAGCUUUCUGCACAACAAGCCGAAAUUACAAAAUUUGAUGCAGAAAUAAAUUAUUGGGAGACUAAAACAAGGGAACAACAAGGCCAGAUAGAUUACAUGUCCCAAGAGGCAGCACGAUUUGAAGCUGUUGCUAACACCAAUGAUCAAAUGUUGCGUGCUUUAGGAUGCCUAGAAGAAGAAAGGGAAUUAGUUCAGCAAGAAGAAAGAACUUUAAGAUCUGAGAUUACACUCAUUAGAUCAAAGCUAGCUAAUUGUGAAACUGAACUUCUGCAGUGCAAAAAGAAAAUUAGAGAAUUAAGUGAACAACUUGAAGAAGAGGCUAGAGGCGAAGUUGCACUCCUUGCAGAAGUUGAUAGGCUUCAGCGGGAAAUUGAGCAAGCAAAAGCUAGAACUGAAAUGAAUUCCCAUUCCUCUGAAUCAUUACGCUCUCAAGUAAUGACAAUAGAAACGGCUAUAUCUGAAAAAAAACGACAGGUUGAGCGUCUUGUAUCUGAAAUGAAAGAAGCCAAUCUUCAGUCCUUGGCAGCUGCUCCACCUGAAGAACUCAAACUUCUUUUAGAAGGUCCUCAUAAACCAGGUAGUGUAAGAAGAAUGAUUGGAUCUCCAAGACAACUUGAAAAUGCAGUUCCCACGAGUAAAAAUCCCCAUGGUGUAUGGGUUUGAAUUAAAUUGCCAUUGAUUAAUUUAUUCCUAUUCUAUAUCAAGUUCUGAUAUAGGUAAAUUUGCCUAUUUUACUUUUUACACCAUUUGUGCAUUCUAUGUAAGCCACUUGUGAUAUAGAAUUGAGAAAUUAUCAUUUUAUUAUGUAACAGAACUACUUAAAAUAUUCUUCUGUAUGUAUAGAUUCUUGAAAGUUUGAAUUUAUAAUUUUUAAAUAUGCAUAGUCAGUGUUAGAUGAAUUAUUUUAGGUAAUAAAUAUACACAGCAGACUGUAUAGUUUUAAAGAAAAUGGUUAAUACAGGACCAUGUUAUCUAGUGUAAUUAUUUAUUUUAUUUCAGAGUCAUAGGCUGUAUUAGUUUUUAGGAUUAUUUAUUUAUUAAUUCACCUUGUGAUUAGAC